UUCAAAACGUACGUACGUAGAAUACAUAAAUAAAAAUUUAUUUAGAUUUUUGUUGUCCUCCAAGUUACUGUUAGGCCUAUCGGCCUUUUAAUUUGAUAGUAUCGAGAAAUAAAUUUUAAAAAUGUUUCGUAAUUCGUUAAAAAUAUUUAAAAAUAGCCAACGCUGUUGUCGUCUUUUAGCCAACAAUGUUAUAAAUUACAGCGAUAAGAGAAUGUUCAGUGCAUUGCAAGGAGUCCAUGAAUACACUUACAAAAAAAGUAUCCUGUUAAGUUCUUGUCAUUGUCGCAGCAUGUUUAUUCAAACACAGGAUACUCCAAAUCCGAACAGCCUCAAAUUUAUGCCAGGGACUAAAGUUUUAGAACAAGGACAAACCAUGGAUUUUCCUAACAUUGGAGCAGCACAAUGUAGUCCUUUAGCAAAAAUGAUCUUUAGAAUUGAUGGAGUAAAAGCAGUAUUUUUUGGACCUGAAUUUAUAACUGUUACCAAGCAAGAUGACGAUGUGGAGUGGAAGCUUUUGAAACCAGAAAUAUUUGCAACUAUAAUGGAUUUCUUUGCAAGUGGUCUUCCUGUUGUAACUGAUGCAAAACCAUCUGGAGAUACACAAAUAAAUGAAGAUGAUGACGAAAUAGUUCAAAUGAUUAAAGAGUUGCUAGACACUCGUAUCCGUCCCACAGUGCAAGAAGACGGUGGUGAUGUUUUAUUUGUUGAUUUCAAGGAUGGAGUGUUGACUCUCAAAAUGCAAGGCUCAUGUUCAUCUUGUCCAAGUUCUAUAGUUACUCUUAAAAAUGGGGUACAAAAUAUGAUGCAGUUCUAUAUACCAGAGGUAUUAGCUGUUGAACAAAUUGAUGAUGAAGGUGACAAAUUAAGUGAUAAAGUUUUCAAAGAAUUUGAACAACUCAAAGCCAAAGAGAAGAAGGAUUGAAUUUAAGCCAUCAAACUAAUUUUAUGUGUGAUAUGUAUAUAUAGGUAGUUAUUAUGUUGUUAUAACAAUUUAUUUAUUACGUAUAAUA